AUGGCCGAUCCCGGCCCGGAUGUGCUCUUCACCCGGACUGUGUCCAAGUUUUCAUGCGCCAUUGCACCGCCCGCGACCCGUUGGACAUUCUCUGGCAGACGUGUGCAUGGCGCCGUGUUCCCUGGAUCGGUGCCGCCGUCCCGGAGAUACGAUACUCUCCCGCAGGUCGUUAUCGGAACCAUCUUGGAAUGGCUCUCGCGAGAUGACUGCUUCUGGCGCUGUGUUACUGCUAUGCACAUGGCACAGAGCUUGUCAAUGGUCACCGAAAGACCUCUCCGUAUCAUCCCAUUGAGCUGGCUCGUCUCAUGGGAGCGUGGUAGCCCACCUAAAGUGGCCUCGGAAGAAGCGGCUGAGGGCCUUGUACGGUUUAUCCGUUUUACCAUCGACCGUGACGGGAUGAGCAAGUUCGAGCGCAUGUCAGAGAGGCCGCAGUUCAAUCGGGAGCGGUUCGAUGACAAGGUGUUUGUGGUUGAGCGAGAGGACGUGUUUGGGGCCAGCCUGGCCAUGUUCAAGGAAUACAAGUGGUCGGUCUGGGAUACGCCAACACCGCCUGACCUCGCCCCCUAUCUUGCCAGACCGGAAAAGCCUCUCUCGAUGCUCCGCUACCACAGCAUCAAUUUGGCCGCUGUUACCGGCAUCACCUUCUUCGUAUUUUUCGGUAGGGUAUUCGGAGUACACGCCCACUCCAGAGCUCAGCCUUGUGCAAUGGCCAGCUACCAAGCUUAUGGAAAAAGAAGACGCCGGGAAAUGGACAACCAUUGUGCUUGGGUCUAUGUCCCUCUAGCGUCAGGAGAUACGGUUCGCGCCCUCGGCCAGUGCCAGUUGCACGUCGACCCAUCUGACACCUUUGAAAGGCCUUUUCGCAUCGCCUUUUUGAACGUCACCACCUUCCCCGGAUACACAGAGGUCCUGUUUGACAAGCUACCCUCUGCGGACGACCCACAGCUGGAUGACUGGCUGUAUUAUGAGAUGGCAGGAACGCUGAACUUCUGGUUUAGUACGAGCCAGGGGCACAUGGCUGUGCAAGGGGGCAGGGAAAUCCCUCAAACGGAUUUGUGGGAGGAGGUACCACCGGAGGAGCUACUGCUAAUGAAGCAGGUUGGGGAGGAUAGCUGA